AUGAGUAUUGUCAUGGACAAGAACCUCAGCUUUAACAGCGAGCAGUUAUUGAAUGUAACUACCGAAGAGGAAGAAGGGAAUGGGGAGGGGUUUCCUGGUAUAUGUGGUCAUCAUUCAUCUACGCUCACAGAAAGGACGAUGAACCUCGUCGCUGUGUCUACCGCUGCCGCAUCUUCGCUAUCUGCAAAUCUUAUCACAACACCCAGCAGCCCUCCAGUUGUACAUCGCGAGUCCCAAAAGAAGCGUAAGAAGGCUCGAAGGCUACUACGCAAAUGGAAACAGACCGUUAAGCAAAAACUACAUAUUGCAAAUUACGAUACAAAUGGGGCAUAUACGAACAACCAGAGUACGGCCACUAGCAUGAGUGAGCUAAAAGACGCUUUAAGCUGUUACUAUAAAUUUAAGUCCGAUGAAUCCAAGAUUGAGGAGAUGUUUGAGACGAUGAUGUUCAAGAACAAUGGGCAGAGUCCGCCUAUUACUAGAGAUCAGGAGCUACGAGAGCUUGUACCCUUUGAAAUCAUAGGGGAGCAGAAGCUAGCCGACUUGAAGAAGAAGUUAGAUGUAUUUAGUAAUUGCUUAUCUGCGCUCGACGAUGACAAGCCAUGGAAUCAAUCUAGCGGCUUCAACUCUCCAAAUGAUUUGAAGGCUCCUCGCUCUGCUAUUGGUGGGUCGGGAUCCCCACCCGACUUGGUAUCAGGAAUCUCUACAUUAGAUAGUGCUGAACCACCCGAAUCAUUGGAUAAGCCUUCCUGUUGUCAGCUCCUCAGUGGCGAUGACUGCUGCAUAAAUGAAUCUGCAGACUCGACUCCACAUGUUGGACUUACGACAGGCAGUUCGAAAGCCUCUUCAAUUGUUGAAAAAAUCGCUUCGUUUGUUAGAACCCCAAAGACCAGUGAGACCAGUCCGAUGGAUUCUGUACGGCUAAGCUCUCCUCUUGAUAGUGAGUUUGAAGUGCAGCGCCUAGUCAUCCCCACAUUCCGUAUGAACGCUGGUAAGAAUAUGGAUGUGUCGCAUAUCGUAGAAAACUUAAAGAGUGGUACAAUAACAGAAAAUGAUUUAUUGUAUCUAGCCUCCAUGUAUGCCGCCCAGGAGGUCGGCUUCAUGGAUAAAUCAUUCUACGACGACCAGGGCAAUGAGGCUGACAAUGAAUCUGCGACAUCGGACGAUUUAGAAAAGGAGCGGCAAACCAUAACUACGGAUGAAAGAGAUUAUUACAAAAACAACCACGAGAGCCCUGAUUCCGUAAAGUUUGACAGAUUUUCAUACUUGGUCAUCUAUAAUGCCUCUAAAAAAUGUGACAGUUCGGGGUUGAAGAAGAGGUCAACAAGGAAUAAUUCUGGAAGCAUAAUACAGGGAACAACGGCAGUAGAUUCAGGCUACGAGGGCGACGACGACGAACCACAUAGCCCAAAUAUCACAGAGUCUGAUGGUUCCCUAUGCAAGUCGAUUCUAAAAAGCAAAAACAAUGACAAGGAGUAUCUAGAAUCUCAAAGAGCUGUGAAAUGUGAUAAAGUUAGCGUCGACGAGUUCUUAGAAUUUUUUGAGCAGUACGAAAAUGAAAGACGCGACGGUGAGCACAUGUUAACGUCCGCUCGUGACAAACAAUUGUGUAACUAUUACUCUAACGAAUACUUCCCAGAAAUUUCAUGUCAAUCUAACCCAGUAAAGGCCACUACUGAGUUUACUCGCAGUAAGCUGGCUACUGAGCACAAUAUUGGCCGCGAGUUGAUGGAUGUGAAGAGUGAGGUGGAUUCAUAUAACUGCUAUAAUGAUUGCUCCAGUGUCAUUGGUGUCGAAGCUAACUAA